GUAAAGCAGAGAGCACAGGCAGGGGAGUGAAGGUUCUCCCAAAUCACAUGUCCCCACAAGCAGCUGCUUGCUACCCUGUUUGUGUCUUGGAGUAGGACCACAGAAAAAAAAAAUUCUACUGUGGGGAAAAAAGGCACCAAAGCUCACAGUGCUAAUAACCAUCCUGAAUGCGCAGUCACAGAUUUACAGAGUCUGCUUCAGCCUUGCAAAAUCAUUGCUUUACAGGCAGCAGCCGUGGAGAACGAAAAUCCAGUCCAGGUUUUCCAUGUGCACUGGAAGUAAUCAGAAAGAAGUGGAUAAUGGUUGCUAGAGCCUCUCUCAAACCAUGCUGGGCCAGAUAGACUCAGCCAGACGUGUAUAUACCUAUAUCCGGGUUAGAGAGGAAAAGAGAGAAAGACACACAGAGGCACAGAAAAGUUUCAUUUUAAAGCAUUAAACAAAAAAACUUUCAGCAUGCAGUCAUACAACAGGAAAAGGCACAGAUCGUGAGGAUCAUCUGUUUUCUUUAUUCUUCUGUAUAUAUAUCAUUUUUGCUCUGAAGAUUUUUUUUUUCCUCCUGAUUUUUUUUUUCUUCUUGAUACAUUUGGAGUGAUCAAGGAUUUAUUUUGCAAGAUUCACUUUAUCCUUAUUGCUGUUGGGCUAUAAUUCUUCAUUGGAAUUUACUGCUGAUUCUUUUAAUUAUAAUAUAUAAAUAUAUUGCAAUUUUUUGGGGGUGCUUCUGUUUUGUUGCUAUUGGGAUUUGACUGAAAUGUUGCAAUGAUCAUGGCCGCGCAAGUGGUUUCAGCUGCAGCAGCUCCUACGACCACCAAUGCUAACAAUAAAGGGAAAAAUCAGGGUAUUCCUGGGCUCAAUCAGGACCUUAGCCCUGGAGGGACUGGACCAGUGUCUGGAUCUAUCUCUGGUUUAGGAGAUGGAACUCCUAAUAACGGCAGCAGUAGUAUGAACAACAACAACAAUAAUAUGGAUCAUCAUCUCCAUCAACACAGUCUCCUACACCAUCUUCACCACCACCACCAUCAUCAUCACCAUGAAGUAAGCAUGGCCAAUGCAACCUCAUUAUCCUCAUCUUCCACCACUAAUAAUGCCAACAAUAAUAAUAGCAGCAGCACAGAUGCUGGGUUGAAAGAAGGGAGGAACUCUGCAGUGUCUCCCCAUUAUCAGUCAAUGGAGAUGGGUGGUGGGAUACUUAACCACAAGCUCAAGGGUGGUGGGGAUUACCUUGCACCCAUUCCUCACCCACAUCACCCUCCUCAUCAUCAUGCCCACCACCCCCAGCAGCACCCACCCCACCAUGCACCCCAGCAUCUGCACCAACAGCACCCUCCCCAACACCACCAUCCACCCCAGCAACUCAAUCAACUGCAGCCUCAGCAGCUCGCAGGGGCACCACAGCAGCCAACCCCGAAUAAGAGCAGCCCUGGAGGAGGCAGCAUUAGCAGCAGCAGUGAGGCGUCAGACAUGGAAAAUCAGCAGCAACAACAACAUGGUGGUGGAGGGGAAGAGGGCUGUAAUAACGCUGGUGCAGCAGGAAAGGACGUUGCUUUGGGCAAUCAGGGCGACCCCCAGCCUAGGAGAGCAGGCAAAGCAGGGGAAGAGGACGAUCUGCAGGGGAAAAUGCUGGCUGGGGAGCCCUUGAGCAGCCGGUAUGAACACGCAAUGCUGGGUGGAGGGCAACAGCAAACAAACAGCAGCAGCAGCAAUAAUAAUAAUAUUAGUGGCAAUGGGGGACCAUCUUCAUCAUCCUCCUCCUCUUCUUCCUCAUCAGUGUCUGAGUUUAAUAAUUAUUAUGGCAAUGCAGGCAGACCAGGGCCUUGCUUUGAUCAACAUGGCAGACAACAAAGCCCUGGGAUGGGAAUGAUGCACUCUGGAUCUGCGGCCCCCAACAGCAGCUUGGACCCCAUGCAGAACUCCCAUGAAGGCUAUGGCAGCAGUCAGUAUGACCACUACCAUGGAUACAGCAGGGCUGCUGCUGCAGGAGGAGGAGGAGGCUAUGGCAGCUCUGCUUCUGGAUAUGGGGUGCUGAGCUCCCCAAGGCAAAGUAGUACUAGCUCUACAAGCAACAGUAACAUGAUGAUGGGGGCAGGGGGUGCAGUUCAUGGCAAACCACCCAGUGCUUCCACGGCAGGGGGCUUCCAGAGGUACCAGGGACAGAAUCAGCACCCAUCUGGUGCUACUCCUACGCUUAAUCAAUUACUUACCUCUCCCAGCCCAAUGAUGAGGAGCUAUGGGAGCAGUUACCCUGAUUACAGUAGCCCCAAUGCCCCCCAACAGCAGGCUUCAAGUACCCAAGGAAACCAGCAGCCAGGGGUAUUGGGGAUGGGCAAAGACAUGGGGUCCCAGUAUGGAGCUGCAAAUACAGGCUGGGGAACACAACAAAGAAAUCAUCCAGCUAUGAGCCCUGGAAACACUGGACAGAACAUUAGCAGAGCCCAGGGUAGCCCAAUGGAUCCCCUGGUACCGAAGAGACCACCACUUUAUGCGAUAGGCAAUAGUCCUUAUUCUCAGACGCAACAAAAUAGCCCUUACCCUGGCCAGUCAUAUGGUCCUCCAGGCCCACAGAGAUAUCCAAUAGGACGUACCCAAGGUGCUAUGGGAGGAAUGCAGUAUCCACAGCAACAGAUGCCGCCUCAGUACGGUCAGCAAGGUGUAAGUGGCUACUGCCAGCAAGGCCAACAGCCAUAUUGCAAUCAGCAGUCGCAGCCUCAGUACCCGCAGCCCCAGGCUCAAUACCUGUCCCAGGCUCAACAGCGGUAUCAUCCCCAACAGGCUCAGGAUGUUUCCCAAGAAGGCUAUGGAAACAGACCACAGCCUCCGUCAUUGACUCCAGGGAAGAACAACCAUGAAGACUUGAACUUAAUACAACAAGAAAGGCCGUCAAGUCUACCAUAUGCAGUUUUUGGACCCUUAUCUUUGGCAAUAAAAUGCAAUAUUUCGCCUAUGAAGAAUGAAUGCAAAUAUGAUUUAUCUGGCUCCAUUGAUGACUUGCCGACUGGGACAGAAGCAACUCUGAGCUCAGCCGUGAGUGCCUCGGGUUCUACUAGCAGCCAAGGAGAGCAAAGCAACCCAGCUCAGUCACCCUUCUCACCCCAUGCCUCGCCACACCUAUCCGGCAUCCAGGGAGGAGGUCCAUCACCAUCCCCCGUGGGAUCACCUGUUGGGAGCAACCAAUCACGAUCUGGUCCAAUAUCUCCUGCUAGCAUCCCAGGAAGCCAGAUGCCUCCUCAGCCUCCGGGCAGUCAGUCAGAAUCCAGCUCCCAUCCUGCCUUGAGCCAAUCACCAAUGCCGCAGGAACGAGGCUUUAUAUCUGCAGUACAGAGAAACCAUCAAAUGUCCCAAUAUGGAUCACAGCAGCCAACUGGGCCCUCCAUGUCUCCACAUCCUUCACCUGGAGGACAGAUGCACCCCAGCAUGGGCAGCUUUCCACAGACCAACUCUGGUGGGAAUUAUGGCCCACAAAUGAGCCAAUAUGGUCCACAAGGCAAUUACUCCCGACCAACAACAUAUACUGGUGUACCGAACACAAGCUACAGUGGCCCUGGUCCUGGCAUGAACAUGAACGCCAACAACCAGAUGCAUGUGCAGGGACCAAGCGGUAGCAUGCCUAUGGGGAGGAUGCCAGGAAGUGGAAUGACAAGCAGGCCUUAUCCAGGAAACAUGGGCACUAUGACUCCAAAUUCUCCUGCCAUGUCUCAUCAGGGUGGUCCUGGUAUGGGUCCCCCCAUGCCAUCAGUGAAUCGUAAGGCACAGGAAGCCGCUGCUGCAGUGAUGCAGGCCGCAGCCAACUCUGCUCAGAGCAGGCCACCAUACAUUAGGUCGCCUGUUUAUCCCAGCCAGUCUGGGGCUGGCGGACGCCCCAUGUUUUCUUCACAGCAUCCCAACUAUGGCAACGCUCAGGUUCCCAUGAUGCACCAGCCUGAUCAGUACGGACAAAGUGGCUUUCCUGGAAUGAAUCAAAGUGCACUGAUGGCAGCAAAUUCAUAUAAUCAAUCCAUGCACAACAAUUCAGGCAUGAUGAACCCACAAGCAUCUCCGUAUAGCAUGAUGAACAGUUCAGGGCAUCUUGGUCUUGCAGACAUGAUGAAUCCAGGUGAAUCCAAGCUGACUGCAGCCCUCAAACUUGAUGGCAAAGAAGAUGGUCACACCCCACCUGAACCCAAGUCUAAGGAUAGCUACAGUUCACAGGGUAUUUCUCAGCCCCCAACCCCAGGUCUCCUGCCAGCCCCUUCCCCAUUGUCCCCAAGCUCUGCUAGCAUCUCCUCCUUUCAUGGAGAUGAAAGCGAUAGCAUUAGCAGCCCAGGCUGGCCAAAGACUCCAUCAAGCCCUAAAAGUUCUUCCACUACCACUGGAGAAAAGAUAACAAAGCUGUAUGAGUUGGGAAAUGAACCCGAGCGUAAGAUGUGGGUAGAUCGUUACCUGAACUUCAUGGAAGAAAGAGGAACGCCAGUUGCUAUGUUACCAGCAGUCGGGAAAAAGCCUCUUGACCUGGUCAGGCUUUACUUCUGUGUCAAAGAGAUUGGCGGUCUAGCUCUGGUUAACAAAAACAAGAAGUGGAGAGAACUUUCGACCAAUCUGAAUGUUGGAACUUCCAGUAGUGCGGCCAGUUCUCUGAAAAAGCAGUACAUACAGUAUUUGUUUGCCUUCGAAUGCAAGAUUGAAAGAGGGGAGGAGCCUCCACCAGAGAUCUUCAACACUGGGGAUUCCAAGAAACAUCCUAAGAUUCAGCCGCCAUCUCCUGCUAACUCUGGCUCCCUCCAAGGCCCACAUACACCCCAGUCAACAGGCAGUAAUUCCACUGCUGAGAUGAUUGGGGAUUUAAAACCUCCAACACCUGCAUCAACACCUCAUGGUCAAAUGCAACCUAUGUCGAUUGGAAGAAACAGCGCAGUGAGCGUGCAGGAUCCUUUCUCAGAUAUGGGGGACUCAUCCUUCCCAAAGCGUAACUCUAUGACCCCUAACGCACCGUACCAACAAGGAUUGAAUGUGCCGGACGUGAUGGGACGUAUGGCUUAUGAGCCUAACAAGGAUCCUUUUGGUGGAAUGAGAAAAGUGCCUGGAAGCAACGAGCCUUUCCUGCCCCCUGGCCAAAUGCCUAACAGCACUAUUCAGGAUAUAUACAACCAAACUCCUUCUGGGGUUAUGUCAAAUAUGGCGAUGAAUCAGCGGCAGCAAUUCAACUAUGGGCCUGGAGGCUAUGAUAGAAGAUCAGAGUAUGGAAUGAGUGCUGAAGGCAGUAUGGGACCCCCAGGUCAAAACAAUAUGGUGCCUUCUAAUAGUGAUUCAAGCAUGUAUUCCCCAAAUCGUUAUCCUGGACAGCAAAGGCACGAACCAUAUGGGCAACAGUACCCAGGGCAAGGACCUCCUUCUGGACAACCACCUUAUGGGGGACACCAGCCUGGAAUGUACCCACAACAGCAAAGUUACAAACGGCAUAUGGAUACCAUGUAUGGCCCUCCAGCUAAACGGCAUGACAGUGACAUGUACAAUAUGCAAUAUAGCAACCAACAGCAAGAUGUUUAUAAUCAGUAUGGUAGCACAUACUCUGGGCCUGAGAGAAGGCCCAUGCAAGGACCAUAUCCUUAUUCUUAUAACAGAGAGAGAAUGCAGGGCCCAGGACAAAUCCAGCAACAGGGCAUGGGUCCUCAAAUGAUGGGUGGACCAAUGCCGUCAUCCACAAGUGAUAGCCCCCAACAGAAUAUUUGGACAUCACGUAGCGACAUGCCUUACCCAUACCAAGGUAGGCAAAAUUCUGGAGCUAAUGCACAGCCAGGAUCAUACUCAGCCAUGAAUCGUUCUGAAGACAUGAUGGGCUCAGACCAGCGGAUGAACCAUGAAGGCCAGUGGCCAGCUCAUGCUAUCCAACGUCCACCUUCCUACAUGUCUCCUUCAGCACCUGUGCAGCCAAUCACUCGAGCUCCAACAUCAUCUUAUCAGACCCCACCCUCAAUGCCAAAUCAUAUUUCCAGGGCUCCCAGUCCAGCCUCCUUCCAGCGCUCACUGGAGAACCGCAUGUCACCAAGCAAGUCUCCUUUUCUUCCUUCUAUGAAGAUGCAAAAGGUGUUGUCCACACCUCCAGUUUCACAGACUUCUGUGACUCCUCCACAGUCUUCUCCUGUUAGGCGGGAAAUUACUUUUCCAUCAGGAUCAGUGGAAGCAACGCAGCCAAUCUUAAAGCCAAGAAGAAAGAUUACCUCAAAAGAUAUUGUAACACCAGAAGCUUGGAGAGCAAUGAUGUCUCUGAAAUCUGGGCUCCUGGCUGAAAGCACUUGGGCUCUGGACACUAUUAAUAUAUUGCUGUAUGAUGAUAGCACUGUGGCUACUUUCAAUCUCUCACAGCUAUCUGGAUUUCUGGAGCUUUUGGUAGAAUAUUUUAGAAAAUGCCUGAUUGACAUCUUUGGGAUACUAAAAGAAUAUGAAGUAGGAGAACCAGUUCAAAAAGCUCUUGAAGACAGCACAGAAGAAUCCACUAUGACAGCUGAAGAGGAGGCUGCAAUUGAUUAUGGAGAUGAAGAUGAUGAUGAUGAAGAGGAAGAUGAAGUGCUAGAUCAGAAAAGUCUAGCUGGGGAAGAAGUUAAACAUAGUAUAAAAACAGAGGAAAGGAGCUCUUCUCCAGAGACUUCUGAUGUUUUCCCUUAUCCAAAUGUGCUGCCAAAACAAGCCAGUAAAUUUGACAAGUUACCAAUAAAGGUGGUGAAAAAGAGCAACUUGUUUGUAAUUGAUAGAUCUGAUAAACUUGGACGUGUUCAGGAAUUCAUUAGUGGACUUUUGCAUUGGCAGCUUGGAGGGGGUGACACAACUGAACACAUUCAAACCCAUUUUGAGAGCAAAAUGGAGAUCCCUGUUCGCAGAAGGUCUCAAGCUUUCACCAGUUCCCCAUCUAAAAAGAAGAAAGAACUAGAGAGCAGAGAGGCAGAAGAUUGUGAAGAGCAAACAGAAAAAAGCUUAACAGCAACAAUUGAUGAUGUCCUCUCUGCAAGACCAGGAGCAUUGCUUGAAGAUUCAAAUAAUCCAUGCUUACAGACAGAAAGCAGCAAACUUUCCCUAGGAAUUCAUCAAGCCAAAAGUCAUAGGAAUAUUACAUUACUGGAAGAUGAACCAAGGAGCAGAGAUGAGACUCCCAUAUGUACAAUAGCACAGUGGCAAGACUCUUUGGCAAAGCGAUGCAUCUGUGUGUCAAACAUUAUCCGUAGUUUGUCUUUUGUGCCUGGAAAUGAUGCAGAGAUGUCAAAGCACCCAGGCUUGGUCUUGAUUCUUGGGAAGCUGAUCCUUCUUCGCCAUGAACAUCCAGAAAGAAAACGAGCACCACAGACAUAUGAGAAAGAGAAAGAUGAAGAUAAAGGCUUGGCCUGCAGCAAAGAUGAAUGGUGGUGGGACUGUCUUGAGGUGCUGAGGGAAAAUACUUUGGUCACAUUAUCUAAUAUUUCUGGAAAACUAGACUUGUCUGUUUAUACAGAAAGUAUCUGUUUGCCAAUUUUAGAUGGCUUGCUGCACUGGAUGGUUUGUCCAUCUGCAGAGGCACAAGAUCCUUUUCCAACAGUGGGGCCCAAUUCUAUACUUUCUCCCCAGAGACUUGUGCUUGAAACUAUGUGUAAACUCAGUAUACAGGACAACAAUGUAGACCUUAUCUUGGCCACCUCGCCAUUUAAUCGCCAAGAGAAACUCUAUGCUAUUCUAGUUAGGUAUGUUGGGGACCGUAAAAACCCAGUGUGUCGAGAAAUGUCUGUGGCUCUGCUUUCAAACCUUGCUCAGGGGGACACAUUGGCAGCAAGGGCCAUUGCUGUUCAGAAAGGAAGUAUUGGGAACUUGAUAAGCUUCUUGGAAGAUGGGGUCACUAUGGCCCAAUACCAGCAGAGCCAGCAUAACCUAAUGCACAUGCAACCUCCACAUUUGGAGCCACCUAGUGUAGACAUGAUGUGCAGGGCAGCUAAGGCUUUACUGGCAAUGGCCAAAGUGGAAGAAAACCGCUCUGAUUUCCUUUUGCACGAAAACCGACUGCUGGAUAUCUCUAUAUCAGCUGUUCUGAACUCUAUUGUUUCUUCUGUCAUCUGUGAUGUACUCUUUCAAAUAGGACAGUUAUGACAUCAGUGAAUAAGCCAAGCGCAUGUGUGAGAGGAGAAUAGGGUGUCACAUAUAACUGGCUAUUUUUCUGUUCCUUUUAUCAAAUAAAUAUACCAGAGCAAGUCUUUACUCCUCAUAUCCAGUCAUUAUUUACCAAUUGGAAAUACAAAGAGUUGGUUAUCGAGCUAUGGAAAUAAAUAUUUGCCGUUUGUGUAUACAUUUAUUUUGUGUUUUCUUUUUGUUUGUAUUUUUCUUUUUGUAACCAAAGUUGGUGAUUGUUUCAUUCAAAGGUUAUUUUGUUUUUCACAAUUUUUUCAACUUUUUUGCUCUUUUACAUGGUUGUUUUUUUAUAUUAGUUAUGAUUUAUAUCAUUGUGUGAACAAUGUAUAAAAAACAAUAUCAACUUUGAAUGGAAUAUAUUGACAUAUAUCAAUUUCAGUUUAUUUUAAUUUAUUUAAUACUUUGCUCCUUUGAACAAAAAAAACAAAACAAAAAUUGUUUUCCACCAAACACAGACCCUUGGGCAAUAGAAUGUUUGGUGACAUUGUUUAUAAAAUAUACAGAAGGGGGAUCUCGAUAAUGAGAUAUUUUUUUCUCUUCUCUGAAGAGUGGUCACUUUAUGAUAGGAAUAGAAUAAUACAAAGUAUGAUGAGGAGAAUAUUUGUUUUUUAAUUAAUAAAAAAUGUUGAAAAAAAAUCCUCACAAAUUCAUGAUCACAUCUGGUAUUUGUUUAACCUGCUACAGUAUGACAUUGUUAUUUCAUUAUAUAUUUUUUCUAUUUUGUUUUUCUACUGCCCUGGGGCUGUGAUGUAUAUAAAAGUUGUACAGGACAUUUUCUUUUCUUUCAUUUUUUUAAUAUUUGUUUUAAAUUUUGUAGAAAUCAUAGCAUUUACCAAGCCCAUGUGAUUAUAGUGAGGUAACAAUUUUUAUUUGAAUUUUUUUUUCUUUUUUUCUUCAUCAACUUUAUCCCCUGAUCAUAUCUGCCAAACAAGAGGGUAAUAUGCAAGUUUCUGUAUGUAUAAAUUCAUGCUCUAUUUCAAGUUAGCAGCUGAACACUUUGCUUUUUGGUCACAAUGUGGAUAUAUAUGCCUGCCAACUGAAUUAGACAAUGGUUAUAUAAUACAGACAGCAACUAAUAUAUUAUGGAUGAAGCAACACAACUUCCUGGGUUUUUUCAGUGAUGAGAUUCAACAUAUUUGUAUUUCAAGAAAAUGUAGUUAAAAAAGAAGAAAAUGAAAAAAAACUUGUUGUAAAUUCCUCCUUUUCCUCUGGCUCAAUGAAUAUCAUUUAUUCAGUAUAAAAUCUUUAUACUAUAUGUUCCACAUGUUAAGAAUAAAUGUACAUUAAAUCUUGUUAAGCACUGUGA